AUGCUCGCUGCGGGCGUCGCGCCGACGGCGUUCACCUUCGCGCCGAUACUCUCCUCGCCUUCAGUCGGCGCCCGCUGCGCAGCGCAGCUUCACCCUCACAUCCUCAAGAGCGGGCUGAUCCACAGCGACCCGUACUCCGGGACAUCGUUGGUGGGGUUCUUCGGGCGGAACGGCCGGUUUGAUGAUGCGCUCAGGUUGUUCGGCGAAAUGCCUGUGCGGAGCGUCGUCACCUGGAACUGCCUGAUCUCUUCGUUUGUGCAGCAUGGACGCGAUCGCGAUGCUGCGAUCUGGUUCAGGGCGCUGAUACGAAGUGGUGACGGUGUGUCUGAUGGCUCCCUCGUGGCAGUAUUGCCUGCUUUUGGCACACCAGAGCAAGUUCAUGGGCUUGUGAAGAAAAUUGCAAUGGAUUCUUUCUCAACAGUUGCAAACUCCUUGCUGAAUUCAUAUUGUACUUACUGUUCCACGUUUGUGGCAGAAAAUCUGUUUAAUGAGUUGAUGUUCAGAGACGUGGUUUCUUGGAAUACAAUGAUCAUUACUUUUGCUAAGAGAAGCAUGUCUCAGAGAGCUCUUGAAUUUUUCUGGAUGAUGGAAGGAAGGAUGCUUACAAAGUUCUUGAAGAAGCUCCUGAGGAUAGCACCACACGUUGGAAUUGUCUGA